AUGGAUGUGGUGCAAGCAUCGACGGGCUAUGUCACCAAGAUGGUGUCGGCCGGUGAGAGCGCAACGGGGGCGCCGUCGGCCAAGAUGAAGAUCUUGUUGCUGGACAGGGAGACGCUGCCAUUUAUCUCGAUGGCCGUUACCCAGUCUGCACUACUCAACCACGAGGUCUACCUCAUGGACCGCCUCGAUAAUUCCAACCGCGAGAAGAUGCGCCAUCUCCGUUGUUUGUGCUUCGUAAGGCCACACCCCGACUCCAUCGGUCUACUUAUCGAUGAGCUGCGAGAGCCCAAAUAUGGGGAAUAUCAUUUAUUCUUCAGCAAUGUUGUCAAGAAGUCAACCCUAGAGCGUCUGGCCGAAGCGGAUGAUCACGAAGUAGUCAAGCUAGUCCAGGAGUACUUUCUCGACUACGCCGUCAUCAACCCGGAUCUGUUCUCGCUCAAUAUGUCAUUGCCGAAGCAUCGGCUGUGGAGCGGCAACCCAGACACGUGGAACACAGAUUCCUUACAGCGAGCUACUGACGGCAUCAUCGCCGUCCUCCUCAGCCUCAAGAAGAAACCCCUGAUUAGGUACCAGAAAACCAGCCCCCUCGCGAAGAAGCUCGCUUCCGAGGUCCGGUAUUACAUCACGCAAGAAGACCAGCUGUUCGAUUUCCGCAAAGUCGAUACACCCCCCGUUCUUUUGGUUCUUGACCGGAGAGACGACCCCAUCACACCCCUGCUCAUGCAGUGGACAUACCAGGCCAUGGUACAUCAGCUACUUGGGAUCAACAACGGCCGGGUCGAUCUCAGCGAGGUCCCGGACAUCCGCCCAGAGCUCAAGGAGAUUGUCCUCUCACAAGACCAAGACCCAUUCUUCAAGAAGAACAUGUAUCUCAACUUUGGAGAUCUGGGGAGCAACAUCAAGGAUUACGUCGAGCAAUACCAGGUCAAAACCAAGAAUAAUGCCGACAUCGAAUCAAUAGCCGACAUGAAGCGUUUUAUCGAGGAGUAUCCCGAAUUCAGAAAGCUCUCGGGCAAUGUCACCAAACACGUCACACUCGUAUCCGAGCUCAGCAGGCUGAUUGGCAUCGAUAACCUCUUGGAAGUCAGCGAGGUCGAGCAGAGCGUGGCUUGCAACGACAACCACGCAGCCGACCUCAGGAGCAUCCAAGAGCAGAUCCAGAAACCGUCCGUCACCCCAGAAAACAAAGUCUCCCUCGUCGCCCUCUACGCCCUGCGCUACGCAAAGCACCCGUCCAAUGCCCUCCCCAUGCUGACGGACCUGCUCACCGCCGCGGGCGGCGUCCCGGCCCGCAAGGCCGCCAUGGUCGGCCACAUCCUCACUUACCACCACUCGCUGCAGCAGUCGGCCUCCUCCGGAUCGGGUAUCACCGAGCUGUUUGAGUCCGCGGGGCUCUUCAGCUCCGCCGGCUCGCGCUUCAAGGGCCUCAAGGGCGUCGAGAACGUCUACACGCAGCACUCCCCCCUGCUCGAGACGACGCUGCAGCAGCUAGCCAAGGGCAAGCUGCGUGAGACCCAGUACCCGUUUGUCGAGGGCGGCGGCGCCACCCGGGAUAAGCCGCAGGACGUUGUGGUGUUUAUCAUUGGCGGGACCACGUAUGAGGAGGCCAAGAUGGUGGCGGGGAUCAAUGCGUCGAGCCCGGGGUUUAGGGUCGUGCUGGGCGGCACGACGGUGCACAAUAGGGCGACGUUUAUGGAGGAGGUGGAGGAUGCGGUCGGGGGUUGGCCUGAGGUUGGGCCGGGGAGGAGGCGUUGA